UUAACCUAUUUAAGUGAAAAUUAUAUAAAAAAAAUAUUCGACUUUUACACUGCAGAACAAAAUUUGAAAAACAUUAUGUAAACAUUAAAAAUAUCAUAAUAUCCCGAAAGCUAACAACCACGGCUAUCAAAUCAAUUACUUUGUGUUAUCAUUUGGCAUUUAAAUUAAAUAAAAAAUAUAGAAGCUCACCCUCUAUAAAUAGCAUGCAUGCCUCUUGUUCUCUCCCCAUUCCAACCUACUCACACACAUUCUCUAUCUCGCUAACUUAGAAACACAAAAUGCAAUACAGAACCGAAACUCGUAGCUCGUUGUCCUACAACAAGGUGAACAACAUGGGAGUGUUUCCGUCGGACAGUCUUGUUAGGAUAGAGUCCAUGGCUGCAGAAAGUGCGGUGGUUAUAUUCAGCGUGAGCACUUGCUGCAUGUGCCACGCCGUCAAGGGUCUCUUCCGCGGAAUGGGAGUCAGCCCCGCCGUCCACGAGCUGGACCUCCACCCUUACGGCGUCGAUAUCCACCGAGCUCUCCUUCGUCUCCUCGGCUGUUCCAACGGCGCUUCCACUUCUCCGGGGGGACUUCCAGUGGUAUUCAUCGGUGGGAAGAUGGUGGGGUCAAUGGAGAGAGUGAUGGCUUCUCAUAUCAACGGCUCACUUGUCCCUCUUCUCAAAGAUGCUGGUGCUCUCUGGCUCUGAUCCCAACCAAAGUCUACCUUCUUCCUGCGUUUUAAUCUCCUUUUUGUUGUGGUUUCUUUACCUUUUUCUGUUUAAGGAACUAUAAAAAAAAAGAUUAGGCUAAUCAUAGUGUUGAAUUAGAGAUAGUGAGGGGAGAAGUGCGUUUGUAUUAAGCAUAGCUCCUUGUCCAUCUUAAUCACACUAAUAUAUAAAUCUAGUAAUCUCCGUUAGCUUUCGAAUCUCUUGUUUUACAAGUUUGACUGUUAAAAUAGCAAAAUUGUAUGGUCAAAUUA